AUCUGCUUUCCCUCUCCCAAUCUCUCACCUUCCUCCGCUCGUCCCUUCUCUUCUCCCGGCCGCCCCUAACCUCACCACCACCACCCACUGCCCCUCUCUUUCUCUCUCACAGCUCCCCACGUCUUUGGUCGCACGGCAGCGUGGCACAAGCAGCACCGGACACAUAGUAGGACACAGUUUAAUUUGUCUCCAAUACAAAGGAGAUGGAUUGCAUGGAUGCAAGUAAUAAUGAGAAGUUGAAUCGACGCUAUGACUUGAGGAACUCAAGUGUCAAGAUCCGUGGUUAUUUGUGAAGCAGUUCUAGCAGAAGUGAGCACAUGGAUGGACAACAUGAUGUGAGAUCUUCAAAUAUGAAAAAUGGUUGUGAUGUAGUGACCAACUCUGACAAUAUGAAGGCAGUUGAUCAUAUUGAUAGAAUAAGAGAUGAGAAUGUUCAUAGGAGGUAUGACUUGAGGAGUGCAAGAUUUAAGAGUACUUCUGAUGUACCUAGUAGUUCGAGCAAAAGAAAGCUGAAUCGACAUGAUGGAAGGAACAAUGAGCACAUGAACAGAAAAAAUGUAGUGAGGAGUCCAACAGUCCAAAGUAGUUCCAUCCAGCAAAAAUGGAUUACCAAGAGCAAGUACAAUAUAACUCGUGGGCACAAAAAUAAGAAGAGGACGGAAGCAACGCUAAGUUUUGGAAGUCAGAAGGACAAUACAAAUGUUCCUCCUUUAAACUGUCCACCAAGAUUCGAAAAUGUGACGCCAAAAUGCGAGUACCAUGUUACCGCCCAUCAAAUGGGGUACUUUCUUUCUGAUGCGUGUUAUGCUUGUGGGAAACCACGAGGUCCAUGCAUGCCAAUGAAGAGAGACAAACAAUUUUUCAGCCUUCCAAUAGUAUCUUCACAUAGAGAAUUUCUGACAAUACCUUGCAAUCUUCGUGAAAAGGUUAACAAGAUGGGUGAAGAUACGAUAAAUAUUGAAGAUAUGUAUCAAAGAAAUUACAAAGUUAAACUUGUAAAAGCUUCUGCAAUGACGUUUCUGUGUGGAAGUGGGUGGCAAGAAUUUGUGAUUACUCAUGAUAUUGAUGAUGGUGAUCGAGUUUGUUUCCACUUCAAAGAAGACUUGGUGACCAUGAUUGCAUUUGUUUACCGAGAUAAGCUUGUAUGGCGUGAUGGAAAGAAGGUUAUUGCGACAAAUGAAGUUCAACCAACUUACAUGAAAGGGCUUGUCCGUUCUUUCAAAAUGGAGAUGAGUAGCACUGACAUGAAUUGCAUGCUUACACUUAACAUGUCUAUUACUGAAGAACUAUGCUUGCCAAGAGAAGGUGAAGUUACACUUAUCAAUCGCAGAGGUGAUGUUAAAGUGGAAGAUGGAUACUCCAUUUCUGCUGAUGAUGGUUGUCUUGGUUUGACAUAUGGCUGGAAGGAUUUUCUUGAAAGAUUUCCAAUUCCAAUUAGAUCUAUCAUUGAAGUGAAUGUGGUGAAAGAGAAUAAUAAGUUGAUCAUGUACUUCCUACUGCUGGAGGUAGAUGUGUAGGGCGUCAGAGUUAUAUAUGAAGUAAAUUAUAAACUGUGGUCAUAUGUUAACUAUUAGAC